AUGGCGAGCAAGAUCAAGCUGAUCGCGAACCCGGCCUACAAGAGAAACGGCACCAAGUCCUACGUGCACCUGCUUCGCAAAUAUGGCUUCAACCCAACCCUCGAGGGCCCUUACUUCCAUGCCAGCAGUGUCGUGCAGCAGGGCAAGUUUGUCACCGCCACUGGACAGGCCAUUGGCGGCAGAGCCCGUGUCCAUCGGCGACUGCAGAAGAAGGUAGGGGACCAGGUCGGCGAUGUCCCCGCCGAGGAUGUCCAGAAUGAUUCCUUGUACCUCGCCCAGGUGGGGAUCGGAACCCCUGCACAGAACCUCAAGCUGGAUUUUGAUUCAGGCUCUGCAGACCUCUGGGUCUGGUCGACCGAGCUUCCGUCCAACAUCCAAUCCCAGGCAACGGGCCAUACCAUCUUCGACCCGUCCAAGUCCAGCACCUUCAAGGGCUCGUCAGGCGAGACCUGGCAGAUCUCCUAUGGUGAUGGUUCCUCCGCGUCUGGUGACGUGGGGACGGAUGUUCUGAACCUGGGGGGCCUGGUCAUUAAGAAUCAGGCCAUCGAGCUUGCAGAGAACAUGUCUUCCUCUUUCGUUUCGGGUCCGGGUGACGGUCUGCUCGGACUGGCGUUUGGCAACAUCAACACCGUGAAGCCCAACCCGGUCAAGACCCCAAUGGAGAACUUGAUCGCUCAGAAUGAGAUCCCCCAGUCCGCGCAGCUCUUUACGGUCCACCUUGGAUCGUCCAAGGAGGCCAACGAUCAAUCCUGGUACACGUUCGGCUAUAUUGAUGAGGACACUGUCAAGGCGUCAGGUCAGCAGAUCACGUACACCCCCGUUGAUAAAAGCCAGGGUUUCUGGCAGUUCAGCUCCACCACCGCCACCGUGAACGGGAAGACUAUCAACCGCUCGGGAAACACGGCCAUUGCCGACACGGGCACCACCCUCGCUCUUGUCGACGACCAGACCCUCCAGGCCAUCUACAGCGCCAUCCCCGGUGCUACGUACGACAGCAGCGUCCAGGGCUACAUCUUCCCGAGCAAUAUAAGCCCGGACCAGCUGCCUACCGUCACCUUUGCAGUUGGCGACAAGCAAUUCGCCGUUCACAAGGACGCUUUGGCAUUUGCGGAGGCCAAGUCCGGAUACGUUUAUGGUGGCAUCCAGUCCCGUGGUGACCUGACCUUUGACAUCCUGGGUGACACAUUCUUGAAGGGCAUCUACGCGAUCUUCGACGUCGGCAACACCCGUUUUGGAGCCGUGCAGAAGCCGGAUCCGACCUCGUCCUCGACUUCAUCUUCGUCGUAA